ACCCGGAUAUAGCGCCUGGGAAGAGAGGGGUCAUGGCAACAGGGUCACGAUGAGCCACCGACAAAUGGCGAGCAGGAGCAGCAUCCUGAAGUACUUUGAGUCCAUGCUGAAGGAAGCACCUCGAGAGCAGGGCAGCCCCCCCUUGGCCGUCACCAAUGCUCACCCUGCGCCGACCAAGACCUGCAAUCUAAAAGUGAAACGCAGGAAGACGCGACGAGAGCUGAACCGCAACAAAUUUGGCCUGGGGCUCAGUGAGAAGCUGCCUCGGCGCAAGCCCUGGGCUCAGGGAGUGGGCCGGGCCAGUGAGUGCCGCUGCCGGCGGGUAAGGGCUGAGGCAGGGGCUGCUAAACCCUCUGUCCCUUCGAGCUGGGUGAUCACCCAGAACCGCCUCAGCCAGAAGCACCUAGGCAUCUUCAACAGGGAGGUCAAGUCCAUCGCUGCCGAGAGGCUCCCCCUGAGUGACGGGCAGGGUGAUGCUGGAGAGCCUGCCCCCGCAACUGCCGAGGUUGCCACGCCUGUGCCGGGGAAGGGAGCUGAGCCGCCAGAAGCCCCUGUGGUGGAACUGAGCUCCCCGACACCGGAGCCAGCGAGGAAGGGGCCCCAGCUAACGGUCACGCCCAGGCCCCCCGCCCCCGUCACCGAGGUGGCACAGAAACUCAUCCAGGCCCUUGGCACUCAGCGGGCCUUCCCAGGGCAGAGCCUGGUGCAGCAGACACAGCAGCAGCUGCUGGAGCUCCUGGUCAAGAGGCACGGACACCGGGCAGCGAGGCUACUGACCACGGCGCGCAAUGCCACAGAGAAUUCCGAGCUAUGUUCAGGCAUCGAACCCCCUGAAGGGCAUGUCAUUGCCAGUAACGCGUCAGCUUCGGGGGACCUGCUAAUGGAGGAGACUUCCUUGGGCCUGAAGGAGCAGCCUUGUAAAUUCCCUGUGCAUUCAACAGCACUGAUGGUGAAUGGGUUUUUGUACAGACAGCAGCAGUGCGCUGGUUUCUCUGGAGGCACACCUUCAGUCUGUGUCCGUGCUGCUGCCACCUCUCCCGCUGCAUGUCUCCAGCAGGAAGUGACUGAUGGGGACACUCUGUUUGCUGCCUCCCAGGCCGGUACCUGCUUCCUGAGGCCUCGGUGCCAGGUCCAGGAGUUGUCUUCAGUGCGACGCUUAUGGGCAAAUGCUGGGCCCUUCCAGAGGGCCAAAGUGAGUGGCACCAUCUUUCCGAGCCCCCUGCUCUGUCCGAGCCGUUCAGAUAGUGCCUGGGAUCUGUUAACGAGAGCUGCGAGCGAGACAGAGAGGAACCAGGAGCCAUCUCCACUGCGAAUCAUCGCCACGCCCGAUAGCCACAGCUCCCCGGUGAGAGACUGGGAGUUCCUGGGCAGAGUAGGCCACAGCUGCUUCCCCGGACAGUUACGGGGCCCAGCCGCUAGCAACCUGGAGGAGAACGGGAAUCGAGGCCUGCCCCUGGGUGACAUUGUCAAUGUGUCCCAACCCCAGGGGCUGGCAGAGGGAAGAGAAUCCACUGUGGCUACGAGGAGGCACUGGUUUGCCUACAAAAACACUGGCCUGGCCCCCCCGCUGUAUCCCGCUCAGGCCCGGGCGGGGGCUUUGCCCCUUCCCCUGGCCUUUUAUUACCCACCAUCAGGGGCCUUGGAGUGGGCCGACUCUCCGGUGCCAGGCUGGGGCAGAACCCCUCAGACACCCACUUGGGAACCCACAAGCCCCGAACCCUGGGUCUACCCCAGAAUGAAGCUGUACUGACCCCUGACUGGGAGGGAGCACUGCCCAUC